AUGAGCACAAAAUCAGCAGUUCACACGUUAGUUUGCUUUCUUCAACUGUGCGUUGUAAAUGGGCAGACAACAUGUGAGAGGCAAAUGACCGCUGAAUGGCGACUGCAACCCAAACCGAGUGUGGUAAAGUGGACACCAAGGGAAAACAUCUGCUCAGAUUUUUACACCGAAUGCUGGAAUAUGAAUAAAAGCAUUACUGGGGAAACCUCAGAAGAACAAAACCUCAGCAUCCCUCAGAUAUGCCCCUUACAGCUUCAAUUAGGUGACACUCUCUUCAUCUCCUCUGAGCCAUCCUUUCAGUCCUACGGAAUGAAUUUGGUAAACGUCUCCAAGGAGGAAUUUAUUAACUGCCCUAAAGCUGCUUUUCUUCAAGAGCAGUUAAUUUUUGUUUGCCAGAUAAAAGGACUGCACCAGGUUGACCCUAACUGGCUUGGUGUUGGUACACAUUACUUUGCAGAGCUCCAUAAGAGAGGCCCGCUACUGUGCACCAUGGGCCUUCGUCUGAACGUAACCGUGAAGCAGCAGUUUUGCCAACAGGCUCCAAAUGCACCUUUGUGCUCUGGCCAUGGAAAAUGCCUAAGCCAUGUUUGGGAAAAAGCAUAUCAUUGCCAUUGUUUCUCACAGUAUUCUGGAAGAUUCUGCCAGAAGUUUGACGUGUGUUCGACCAAACCUUGCCACAACAAUGCCUCCUGCACUCAGAAAUCACAGCUUUCUGGAGAUUCUUACGAAUGCACGUGUCCUCCACAGUUUUCAGGUGAAAAUUGUACAGAAAUAGUUGGACAGUGCCAGCCACGUACGUGUUUCAAUGGUAACUGCAGCAACGUUACUCCAAAUACUUUUCUCUGUGAAUGUGACAAGGGCUUUACAG